UGUGUUUCUUUCUUUCUUCCCUCCCUAGAACGUGCGCUUGAGAGCUCUGUUCUGCUUCGUGCCAAUGCCACAAACAUUGAAAUUGGCUUAAGAACACCACAUUAAAAACAAACGAAUGGAUUUUAUUUUCAUGUUUGACUUUUGAGGUGGAUAAAUGGACUGAUAAAUGCUUCCCGACACUCCUACUGUUUCUUCUAUCCAUCCUCCUCCCUCACCCCUGUCCUGACUCUGACUCGGGUCAGGACUUAAGCAACCAUUCAAUUUGAAAAACCCUUGAAUCUGACUUGCAUUUUGUGCAGGCCUCCAGACAAGCCGCAGACGCUUGGUAGACAAAUCAGAUUUCUCUAUUCUUGCCACCGAGGGGCCCUUCCAUGUUCAGUGAGAACGUUUGACAAGAGUCAGCUGGGGCUGCAUUUGAAAGCGUUCACACUGAGAUUCAGAACCAUAAGGCAUAACCAGUCGUGGGCAGAUAUGUCAAAAGGGUGCUGUCAGAAUGCAGGUCAGAGACGAAGCUGACCUCAGGGGUUGAGGAAGGAUAAGGACGAAAUGCAGAGGAGAGGGAGGGGGAACGUACACACACACAGAACAUGUUGGUAGGGGGUUGUUGUGACCAGACAGGCCACUGGGGCAAAGGCUGGUCCCCUGAUGGGUGUCUUUCAGCGGGCCCAGGCUGGGUGGGAAUGGGAUCCGGCGGGUGUGAAAUGGUCCUCUCUCUCAGUGACCCAGGCCCCUAGCUAGGUCCAGCCGGCUAACACUGUCGCUUUGUCCUUCAGAUUCUCAAAGAGCCCGUAUAUCAAAGGACUCAUAAUGGCUGAGCUGGGAAUGUAUGAGUGCUGUAGGAACUCUGAUGGCAUCAUUGAUGACAUUCGGUUAACAUUUUAACGUUGUGAAAGGCACUGGAAGGAUUUAGAUGGGCAUUGCUGGGAUGCUUGAUGACAGUGAUAUGUGCAAGUGGACACUGAGUUGAUAACUACUGGAAACUACUUUCAAACUUGUAACAAACUACUCAAGAUGCAUAUCCUAUAUACUGUAUGAAUCUGAUUAAAUCACUUACUGAUUGCUGCAUGUUUCUGUGAUUAACCAUAUCUUGUUAGAGAUGAUGACAUCCAUUUAUUUAUUUUUUUUUGCUGGGAGAGAACAGAUGGGCAGCUUUGGCAGAAAAAUGUCGCACCAAAUGCAAAUAUAGCACCUUGUUGUUUCUGUGUUUGCGGCGGUUCUGACUGUUCUUGCUCUUUCCCUCUGCUUUAAAAGAAAGCACACCUCAUUGGUGGAUGGAUGGUGACGAUAAUGGUAAUCUCAAGUCUUUUUUCCAUGUGCAGAUAUCUAAACACACACAGAUUGCAGGCAGCCCGAUAUGUUUUCUUUGUCUUUGGAAUGAAAGGAACACCUCCGUCCUUCAGAUGAAUAUCAGUCAAAUGUAACACUAUAAUCUCUUCAGAAACGCUGGACUGAUUAGGAACAGGGAUAGGUUGAACAUAUGGCAUCUUAACAAUGAGGUCUGUGAGGGAAUAUCAGCUAUUCUCACUGGAAAAAAAAACAAUCUUUCAAUGUGUGGUCGACUCCUCUGUCCAUGUGGGACAGUGUGCAAAACAUAACAAGGACACAGUUUGAUGUGGUUCACGUUGGUGUUCUGUUUGUCCUCGUACACAAAGCUUAGAGUCACAUGCAGCUCAGCCUUUGACUGAAACACAUGAUCUUCACAACUCAAUCAUUUUUCGAGAAUCACAACCUAGUUUCCUGGUGAAACGUGCUGUGAAAUAUCAUCCCUCUCAGAUGUUCUCUUCUACCUCCUCUCUCUCUCUCUAGUGACAAGUCUUUUCAUGCACAUUCAGCUGAACAAUGGUAGUAUUCUGCAAAAAGAAAUGUGGAGGGAGGACUGCAGAGCUUAAUAAUACAGAUAAUGACAGGGUCAGCCCAGGAAAGGCUCCCUCUAAUACUCAAGUUAUUAUGGAGAAAGGGAAGGGAGGUGUAUAAAGGAGAGAGAUGGGAAAUUAGGACUUGGCUCUUUCAAACCUCCACCAUGCAUGUUUUGAGACUUUAAUAAAGGCAAGCAAUGCUGCAGAGGGAAAACUAAUUUUCUUGGCAAAUGGUUUCCGUGUGUUCGCCACGUCGCUCCAGUUGACUCAUCUCCUCGGUCCGCCUGUUGUUGUUACUGCUGUCCUGAAGCUGUUGGUGAGGAGCUCUGAGAACGCAUAUCUAUCAUAUACUUCAGACUGUAGCUUCCACUCCCAUUUAAAAAAGAAGAAAACAAGUUGGAAUUGGAAUUUGUGUUGAUUAGAUGCUGUCGUGAGAGACAUCCCCCAUGCAACCUGAUGCCACUGACCUCCAGGUGAAGCAACCUGGGAAUGACCUGUAUAACGUGGUAGCCUUAGCCCUCGUCUCACAUUUGUUCCCAGCCGAUCAAAAGUUCCUAAAAGUUUCCUUCCGUUUCUCACACCUCUCCUUUUCGUCUUCCCCUGCUCUUCAGAUCCAGAAUGCUGAGAAGAGGAUGAGUCCUCCAGGUCAUCUGAGACAUCCACGUGUCUUUGCUGCUGUCCCUCCCCGACAGCCCUCUUGUCCCACCGGGGACAGACCAUCUGCCUCCCCUUGCCCCUCCCCCCUCCCCUGCCCCCAGUAGUAGGCCAUCCCAGAGGAGAGGAAAGGCGAGCCCGCCCAAGUAAAUAUGGCUGGAUGGAGGUCUCAGUGGCGUCUCGUCCUGCUGAACUCCCUUGCCUGUGGCCUGGAGAUUUGUGUGGCAGCUGGGAUCACAUACGUGCCCCCCCUGCUGCUGGAGGCCGGAGUGGAGGAGCGCUACAUGACCAUGGUGCUAGGUAUUGGUCCAGUGCUCGGUCUCCUAUUCAUCCCUCUGAUUGGCUCUGCCAGUGACCACUGCCACAGCAGUUAUGGCAGACGACGGCCUUUCAUCUGGCUGCUGUCUUUCGGGGUCCUUCUGGCACUUUUCAUCAUUCCACACGCCGACAUACUGGCUGCAAGCCUUGCCUGGGGAGGCCGCACCUUCCAGGUGGGCUUCCUUAUCCUUGGGGUGGGGCUCCUUGACUUUUGUGGACAAGUGUGCUUCACACCACUGGAGGCUCUUUUGUCGGACCUGUAUCGGGACGAGGAGGACUACAACCAAGCCUUUGCCAUGUUCUCCUGCAUGGUCAGCUUGGGAGGCUGUGUGGGCUAUCUGCUCCCAGCACUGGACUGGAGCCGUGGCCUGCUCUCUGCUUACCUAGGAGGCCAGGCCGAGUGCCUCUUCUCCCUUCUCACCCUCAUCUUCAUCUCCAGUGUGCUCAUCACCAUGAAGGUGUCUGAGGAACCCUCGUGCGCCAGCAGUAGCUUGGCGGGUUCCGGAUCUCUACUGGAGCCGGGAGCCGGUACGAUAGAGGCCGACCGGUGCGGUGUGCCGCGCUCAUGCUGCUACCUGCUGAAGUGCAAACUGAGGUUGCUGAAGUCUGGACCCUUGCUGUGCCCGCUGAGAACAUGCUGGUCCAUGACCCCGGCCAUCUACAGGAGCUACUGCCAUGUCCCGCGGGUGAUGAUGCAGCUGUGCGUGGCUCAGCUAUGCAGCUGGAUAGCUGUCAUGUCUUUUAUGCUUUUCUACACAGACUUUGUGGGGGUAGGCCUGUACGAGGGCGUGCCCAGUGCGUUACCAGGAAGUGUGUCCAAGCAAAGAUAUGCGGAAGGUAUCCGUAUGGGCAGUAUGGGCCUGUUCUUGCAAUGUGCUACCUCAACCUUCUUCUCCCUGAUCAUGAGCCGUUUGGUUCGCCAUUUUGGCUCACGGUGGGUCUACAUCAGCAGUAUGGUGAGCUUCACAGUCUCUGCUUUGGUCAUCUGCCUGUCCAAAAGUGUGGUCUUGGUCACUAUAAUGGCGUCCCUCACUGGCUAUGCGUACGCCACACUGCAGACUCUGCCCUACACACUCACCUGUAUGUACCACAAGGAGAAGGAGGUCUAUAUGCCAAAAAGGAAUGCCCAAAGCGCGCAUAAAAAUGGUGUUACAACCAAGCGGGACUCUGUGUAUUUGACUCCUGUGGAAGAGGAGGGCAGACUGAACCACAACCCGGGGACUCCCUACGGGCAUGCCUUCUUCAGCCAGAAUGGCUCAUCUCACAGCUCCGGUGGCGCCGAACAGGAGGAGAUCGAGACGGGGUUUGAGAAACGCGGCGUGGGUUUGGACUUUGCCAUCUUAGACAGCACCUUCCUCCUCUCUCAGGUUUUCCCCACACUCUUCAUGGGCAUGAUCGUUCAGUUCGCCCAGUCCGUCACUGCCUAUAUCGCCUGCUCCGUCAUCUUCGGUGCUGUCGCCAGCUACUUGGCCAGUCGAAUCAUCUUUGACCAAAAGGACCUUAAAAACUGAGACUUGGAUGCAAAAGAUCUGGAGGCGAUGGAAUCACAAAUAAUCGCUCAAUCAUUCAGGUUCCACAGGGCGAAACUCAACGAUGCACUACUGUUUCCAGAAUGCCUUGCUCUAGUUCCGUGUGUUUGCACUUAUGAAAGGACUGCGUUGGGGAAGUGAUGGUCAGGUUAUGAGAGAAAGCAGUUGCCGUGAAGGGGCAGGUAUUGCCACCCGAAGGUACACCACGGGUAGUGUACUCUCCUGAAUGCAAUUGUAUUCUAUAGAAAUCUCUCUAAAAUGCUUUUGUUGUGAUCUUUUCUAUCCAUCGUCUCUUUCCUCAGGUACCACAAACAGAUUUACUGUAGAACUCAACCUCAUAUACACACCUUCUUAGCUUUUAAUGGGUUUUUUAGUGAUUUUAUCCCGAGUGAUCUGCACUUUUUAAUAGUAGUCUGUUUUUAAUUCUCAAAACAACAUAUUCAACACGGUGUUUAUUUGUACAAACUCAUCUGCAGCAUCACUAAGCCAGUCUGGAGACUAUUCAUCAUUUUAUUUAGACAGGCCUGUCUUUAUUUAACGAAAGAAUGAACAGAUUUAUUCAUGGUUUCUACCUGUUCAGAAAAUAGAAUUACAAGUGGGACCAUUGGACUUGUCCAUACAAGAUGAAAAACACACUUAAAGGGGCAGUCCGGUGAUCUAGUAUUGCCUAGAUUUCUCAUAAUACAACUCUAUAUCAUCUUUCAUCAGACCUUCCCAACCUGUUUUUAAAGGGCCAGUGUGUAGCAUUUCGGUUACCUUCCACGAGAGCUGGAUUCUAGCGAUGUCUCAAGAUCACGCGAAAUUUGAUCUCGUCAGGCUUCAUGUAAUGCGUUUGUGUCUCAGAUGGACAGUUGUCAAGCUAAACAGUGGCCUUUGGCGUUUACCUGAAGGCCCCUGUUGUUUUCCAACAUGCUUGAGAAACUGCGAUAACAAUUUCUGCUGAGUGCAAUGCCGUUUGACUUCCGUCGCUCCGAAAGUAGUGUUAUUGUGGUAACGAUGGGGCGGCUCACGUUACCGCAGACUUGGAAAGGGAGGAGUGAGCGGAGGGAGGGCUGUUCGGUUGGUGGCCGCCGCCUGCAGCCACACCGCUAGAUUCCGCCAAAUCCUACACACGACCCUUUAAGUGCCGUCAUCUUUUAAACCCUUUGCCCUCAGUUUGAAGUGCAGUUUUUCUUUCAACUAAAUGAAAUAAUUUAAGAUAAUCCUGAUGACAUCACACAUCAGGGUUGUUUCCCCAGACUUAACAAAGCCCCUCCAGAGCCGCAGAGGACAUUAUACAACAGUCUCCACAUGCGGAGUUAUGUAUACCCCUUUAAAAAAAACUCAGCUCUACUCUGAUUUUGGGCCCCUUUUUCUGCGUUCCGCCCAUCUAGUGCCAUCUAUUAAUUAAUGAACAGUUUAACUGUAAAUAUUUUGUAUACAAAUUUACAGUAUAUCCCUAUGGGAGUUUUGUUAUGCAACCUGUUGAGGUGAGGUUAUCAACUAUGGUGGUUUAAGAAUGAAGCUGCUUACUAGAACUGGAAGUGUUGCAUCUAACCAAGAAUAAUCUAGUCUAGUUGACUCCUCAUCUUAUCCAACUAUGCUCCUGAUCAGGACAGUCGUCUCAGGUUAGUACAUUGUUUUAGUGUCCCAUCCUGUCCUUUUUAAGCCACUCAUUAAAAUGAAAAACCACCUUUCCCUUCUGCAUGUUCUACUGUAUUCUCAAAUGACAAUCUAGGACAUCCAGAUGGGCUGGUUACAUGAUGCUGUAUGUAAACAUACAUGUUUGAGCCAAGCUCGCUUCAUGGCACCCAUUCCUGAAA